UAAUACGCACCAACCACCCAAGCAACCAGACUACAUGGGGAGAGAUAUGCAAUCUGAUUGAGCCGGUAGGACAGUUACCCUUUAAAAAUCUACGCGGCCUGGAGGGAUGCGAGCGUUUCUUGAACGCGCCGAGAAAGUGCAAGUGAAUCUGUGUCAAGAAGAUGCUUAGCAUACAAAGGCUCCCUUUGAUGCCCCGUGGUAGUUGCUUAAACAUGCUAUUAACCCUGGCGUGUAGCAACCUGCACUGCAUCCCUGGAAAGCAAUUCUGAGAAAGGAACUAGGGUCGUGGCCUUUAAUUGGGCACCAUCCGGAAGACACGUCAAGUGGCUCCGACACGAAAUGCGUCGUCUUCGCUCAUACAAGGCACCCAACAACCCGCUAAUGCCGAGCGAUACAAAAUGCCUACUCUUUAUCAAAUUUAUUACGAUGGAAUGGGCUAUGAGUUCAAAUCAGUGUCUUUCGUCCACCAUCUCCAUCUAUCUCUGUCACCCCACCGAAGCUCUCGUCGCCCUCAUUGGUCGACGGCAGUCCAAAGUAGAAGCCGCGGAAGGCCGGGAUUCUUAAAAGCGUCGCCGAGCUGUGAGUCAUUGGACGUUCACGACCAUCUCCACCUCUCAGUGUCUACAAAAACAUUGCAGAUAACCUCCCGCUGCGUUCAUAUUUACCAAUAAAAUGCGACGAUAUACGCUUGUAUGGAUGAAAAGGGAUUAAAAAGGUCAUGAUUCAUAUACAGUCCUCAUGUGAUAGUCUCGCUGGCUCCGAUGACUCCACGUUGACCCAGAUGUUUAGUUUAUACCUGAGGAAAUUUCGUCAGUAGUUGUCCUUUCUAAACACCAGAGCAUCGAUACAGUCGGACGUCCGCCUACCAAACUUUUCGAUUUUCCGGGGGUGUCUGCGGUAUUCGAGAAAUAGGUGGGCAGUGUGCUCGGCAUACAACACUCAUAGCUAAAAUUAAACACCGUCUCUUGACAGGUAAACAUUGGUCAGAAGCGUGUUGCGUAUAACUCCUGCAAUUUCUGUUGGCAAACGGAAGAACAACAAAACUUCAAUUGACUGUUAGCCUUGGUUGUGUUUUUAAUUGAGGGGCUGUGCGGCUUGCACUAAUUGACGUGUUUUGUUUCCUCUGAGGAGGGUUCCCCGACCAGUACCAGGCCACCAGGUACAAAAACAGACGAACUUACCAUCAAAUCAUUCAUUCAUACCAGAGCAUUCCAUGACGACUGGAUCGAUAAGCGCUUUGGUGGUCACAGCUGUAUAGAUACUCAGAUAGUAUCCCAAAUCAUUGGUUUCUGUUUCCUUCUCUCCUUUACAUCGGAUCGUGGGCUCUCUUAUCCUGAAUCCUUUUUAGGAUUAUACGAUUAAUUCUGGUUUCCGAAUGUAUAUGAACUUGACAGAAGAUCCGUUUGACCACUCGGCUAAUUUUGGCAAACUAUUUCCGAAUUGAUCUACCAUUGAUUGAUCUACCAGAUACUAUUUUAUAGUAUUUUUAAUACUAAAUCGUGUAUAAUAUACACUACUGUGUUAUAUUGCGUGGUAAAAAUCGACGUGGAUGCUCUCUGAUCAUUUCCUCACCUUCAACCAUCGGGUCGUCUUCGGCGGAAAGGACCAUCGGAACACGUCACAUUGACAAUUGUUCGAGAAAAAUACAUCGAUCGAUUGACCUUGGAGAUUUCUAUCAAAUCGUGAAUCUGGAUUUGUGAAAAUUGAAAUAAAACAUAUUGUGGAAAGGAGUCACGUGGGUGUCUAUUGAAUGCAUGCGAAUACAGGCAGCAAGUGGUGGGGGAAUAUCGUCGGAAGAGAGCUCUAAUAUCAGCUGUUCAUGAUAAGAUACACUCAAAGGGGGAAUUUAAACGUGCUAUACUGCUGUGUAGUACUACCAGUAACUACCCACUAAAUAUUACACUGAGUGUUGGUGUGAUCGAGUUUUCAAUUGCUUCCAUUAAAACACAGUACCAUCAAAUUUGUGUUCGAUUUUCAGAGGGAGUGGAAUUCGAAAUAGUAGGCAUGGGCAAUGAAGCGCAUUGCCGGCGCCAUUCCGGCGGAACCGGGCAUGUUCUCAUGUCGACAACUCUCAUCAUCAUCCUUUCCCAUGCUACGCUAACGUCCACCUUGGCGAGCUGCAACGCCGAUUCGUCAGUCAGUCUCGCGGAUAGGACGCAAAACGCAGAAACUGUGUUAGCAGGGACUCUCUUGAAGCUGGACGGCGAGAGUACGUUUAUUUUCAAAGUUCUUCAAGUUCUUAAAGGGGACGGAGGGCUCUUUAAGAAGAAAAUCAAGAUAAGAGUAUCUGACGCCACGGGGUCACGUGAUGCGAGCGAUACGGCGCCACCUAAACCGUCAUCUACUAGGGCGUAUCCCGUUGCCAUGACGUUACCAUCACCGCUGUCUCGUCGUUGCCUGAGUGAAGCUGAUUUGGGAGAGAGAUACAUUGUGUUUGUUCGGAGAGUGGAAUCAAGCCGGAGAACGUUCGAUCUCCUGUUCGAUGGCAUCCCCCAGACGAGGAAAGCAAUUAAGGCAGUCAAAGUCGCCAUCGUGGAUGAUGUCACGACAACCAGGCCGACCACGCCCAUCCGUGUCUCGUCGUCGAUAUCGACGCAGACGAUUGGAGGGAAUGAAAUGACUACGAGUGACAAUCAGCAAUCUACCAAUGCUCAAGAUUCUGGCGGUGAAAUCGGAAGCACAAAUACGGAUUACUUUCCUAAAACUUCUGAUGCACAUAUCGAACCUUGUGAGCCCUUCUACGAUGGAUAUUGUUUGCAUGGCGGUGUCUGUAAAUGGCUAACGGGUAUCGAUAAACCUUCGUGCGACUGUAUAUCUGGUUACAGAGGGGCACGGUGUCAGUACAGAUCGCUUGCAACAGAAGGAGAAGAGCGACUUUUUGGAGAUUAUUGGGAAGUUUUCAUCAUUGGAACCAUAUUUGGUAUAGUGAUCCUCCUAACGCUGAUUGGGGCGAUUGUAUACGUGGUUCGGAAAAGAAAGGAGGCUAAGACUAGGAGGCGGGCUAUGGAGGAGUCGGCGGACGCGUUUAUCCAGAGCAACUUCCAGCCAGGUGAUGAUGCCGAAAGGCAACAAAACCAACAACAACAAACGGAUAAUAAUCAAAAUAAAGCAGCAGACAGAUACAUGAGGUUACCCACCAACGAAAGGUACCCUAUCGUCGAGACAGCGGUCGACAGCGAGACCCUUCGGUCGACAACCUUCGGCAACUCACAUCCCAGCUCGGGGUCUUUCAGGCUACAAGACCCUCCCUUCAGGAAAGGUUCGAACCACUCAACCACAUCAGCAUCACGGGAGAGUACCGUAUGAUACCUUGCAUGGCAUGAUCGUAAUUAUUUCAUUCUUGGCCGUCUCAUCUCUCCAUCUCUCACCCCUCACCGACAUAUGUGUUCUCUUGAUGUCUAAACGAAAGCUGAAUUGGUGGAAGUUUAUUCGGAUCAGGGGAGAGUUUCAUGAAAGGGCUUUAUCGGAAAGUUACUGGUACCAGUGCUUCCCAGCCGAUCAGAAUCAAGGAAAGUCGUCAGAUACAACUUGUCGGACGAUAAAACUGAUAUCAAUGAAACGCUCCCCGGAAGUGGUUGGACCGGUAAGGAAUGCCGGGAAACAUUGGGGAUUGUUUCCCCAUUUCAGGUCUAGAGAAAAUUUCAUCGUAGCUUUUGGAGGAGGAAUCUUGGGGAUUCGACUGAAUUUUUGGGUAGGCAGUCAUUUUCUGUUUUAAAAAGCUCAACACAUACAGGCGUUGCACUUUUGAAAAAAGGGAUAAAUGAGUCAACAAAAUGAGUUUGACGAUAUUUAAUGACAUUUUGACAAUAUUUUCUCCGUUCGUUGAACGAUUAAUAUUCCUUUGACAAAUAUCAUCUCCAUAUUUCUAUGAAUAUGGAAAAAGGGAAACAUUGAAUUUGUCUUGAAGUGAGAGAAAAAGGGGAAACUUUAUCUGCCAAUACUGGCAAAUCCAUGCAUCUUAUGGCAUUUAAAGUGUUUGUAAAAACAUUCUGUGUAUACUUAAUUUAUUGUCUCUUAUAUCAAAUUGUUAUUGUAUAUUGUGUAUUUAAUCCAUAUAAUGUUUAUAAAAAGGCUAUAUUUUGUAUUUUUGAAAUAAUAUUUAGCCAAACGAAAAAUAUUAAGAUUUUUUCUUUACAAAUGCCUGAGGCGAUUUCAAUAUAUCAUGACAGAGUCAACAUCAUUAUCUUCUCAUUUGUGGGAUCAUUUUGUCGUGAGAAAUAUUCUAGGUAUAAUUGAAAACACAGUAGUAUAGUUAGUAUAUUCAGCAGUAUAUACAUUAGACAUGUAAUAUAUAUCUACUCUUGCUCCCACAUGUCAAUUUCAAUUUGGAGAUGUAUCCUAAAAAUACGAUAUUUUUUAGAACAUUUUAUGUUUAAUAAUUAUUUGAAACCGUGUGAAGUAUCACAGUGGACUAUAAGGUAUGCAUAUUUAGAUGCAAUGUAUCUACUCUUAAUAUGAUUUCGUACACAGCAAAAAGUGUGGUGUUAACGGGUGUACAUAGAGGACCACACCAGUUAUUUUACACCGUUGUUAAAUUGACAGUGUUAGUUUAACACCUAUAGGUCUUAUUUCAACACCUUUGGUUGUUACAUUUACACUCUUUGGUGUUAUGUUCAAUCUAUAGGGUGUUAGCUUAACACCACAGGGUGUGGUCUUCUAUCAACACCAACUGGUGUCAGUUUUAAAAUCACAGUUUUUACAGUGUAAUAUUACUUCUUAUAAAGAAAUAUAUAUUCAUGCUCCUUUUCUGUGAUAUUUGAAAUAUAAUACAGGGAGCCAUAUAUCAGAUGUUCGUGAUUAAACGACAGCGAGGUUAAAAAUCUUUUCAGUGUUUUAUAAUGGAAUCAGUACUAAAUUAUACUUAUGUAAUGAAUCUUGACUGUUGAUACCAUAAUUGUCAUGAGGUGCAUUGUGGUACGUAUGAUCGUGAAACUGAUUCUGACCAAGAUAAUUUGCAUGACGAAUCGCUGAUGUAUCUGUUAGACUAUUUUAGACAAUUCGAGCUCAUGACGAAAUAUUUAUAGUAAAAAAAUGGAAACAAAAACAUGAACUACUGUUAUCAUUCCAGAAUAUAUUAUUAUUAAGGUGUUAAUUUUUAUUUUUGUAUACGAUUGCGAAGCGUGUUGCUAAUAGUCUUUAAAAUCAAAUACCAGUAGAUGUCGCGUCUUAUGCCCACUGUACUAUUUGUGUGGUUUUAAUUCAUUUUUCUCCAUCUUUUUUGUUUGUUUUUCAUUUGUUAAUGAUUGUUGUCCUCCCCCUUUUUUUAGGGGGGGGGGGCGAGGUAUCUUAUGUGAUAUGUAAUGUGUACAUCAUCAUAACCGUAUUACCAUGGAGCUAUUACAGGUAUUAUACUGUCUGUUAACUGUAAACUGUGAUAGGAUUUUCAAAGAAUGAAAAGGUUCCAAAGCAAGGGAGGUACGGCUAGUAUGUCAUUUUAUUAAAUGGAAAGUCCCCCGGCAUGGAAUCAGUCUUUUCUAUGGUGUCAGCCACCUCCUUCUGUUGUCAGUCACAUCUGGGUACCGUUUCAUGAAAGUUGUCAAACU